UCUCACUGCCGGCCGCGGGAGGCGUUCGCGACAAGAUGAAGCUCAUCAUCCUGGAAAACUAUUCGCAGGCCAGUGAGUGGGCAGCCAAAUACAUCAGGAACCGCAUUAUCCAGUUUCACCCAGGGCCAGACAAGUACUUCACCCUGGGGCUCCCCACUGGGAGCACUCCACUUGGCUGUUACAAGAAGCUCAUCGAGUACUAUAAGAAUGGAGACCUGUCCUUUAAGUACGUGAAGACCUUCAAUAUGGACGAGUAUGUGGGCCUCCCUCGAGAGCACCCAGAGAGCUACCACUCUUUCAUGUGGAACAACUUCUUCAAGCACAUUGACAUCCAGCCAGAAAACACCCACAUUCUGGACGGGAACGCGGCAGACUUGCAGGCCGAAUGCGAUGCCUUUGAGAAGAAGAUCAACGCCGCCGGGGGCAUCGAGCUGUUUGUCGGGGGCAUCGGCCCCGACGGACACAUUGCUUUCAAUGAGCCGGGCUCCAGUCUGGUGUCUAGGACUCGGGUGAAGACGCUGGCCAUGGAUACCAUCCUGGCCAAUGCUAGGUUCUUCGAUGGCGACCUCGCCAAGGUGCCCACCAUGGCCCUGACAGUGGGUGUGGGCACUGUCAUGGAUGCUAGAGAGGUGAUGAUCCUCAUCACCGGGGCGCACAAGGCCUUUGCGCUCUACAAGGCCAUCGAGGAGGGCGUGAACCACAUGUGGACCGUGUCUGCCUUCCAGCAGCACCCCCGCUCCGUGUUUGUAUGCGAUGAGGAUGCCACCUUGGAGCUGAAAGUGAAGACGGUCAAGUAUUUCAAAGGUUUAAUGCUUGUUCAUAAUAAAUUGGUGGACCCUCUGUACAGUAUCAAGGAGGAAGAAACUGAGAAAAGCCAGCCUUCUAAGAAACUGUACAGUGAUUAGCCUGCACUGGAACCUAGUAUCAAGUACCUCAUAGGGCCAGGCAGGCUUUUCUGAAACUUGUCUUUCAAAUGGGAUUCUUAAUUCAGAAUGACCCUACCGUUCCU